AGGUUGGGAGUAUAAUUACUGUUCCUUUUCCUUGCAUUGGAAUGCCUUACUCUGCAUUUUCUAGGGUUAUUGAUGUCGGUGUGCUUGUUCGCUAAAGUGUAUAUAAAUAGCUUGAGGGUGUCUAUUUUUUUGGACAUGGCAAGCGAUCCGUGCCUAGUAACAGUUUCUUUUUGGUGGUGGAUGAUUUGAGUUUUUUCCUGUGCACAGUAGUUUAUGUCAAAGGUUCAGUGAUAUCAUUGUUUGUGGUGUUGUUGUUGGACAUUUGUUCAGGUUAUGGCUAGAUGGUCAAAUAGAGUUUUUGUUCCUUUUCAGCCUCUUUUGGAAAAGGUUAAUAAGCCAAACUCUCGUACAAAGUUUAUUUUCUAUUGUGGAGAUGCCAGUUCAGUUGAAGAGUCUCGUGAAAGAGCGGCCCACAAAGCUGUGAAGAGAUUGAUGUGUCGGUUUAGUGUGCGCGUGUCUGAUUUCACUUAUGAGCGCAUUAAGAUGUAUCGAUUGUGUGUGAAUUUGUUUAAGAAUAGAUGUGAUGAGUUAGUGCAGGACAGAGAAGAUUUAAGUCGCAUACGUGCAGAAUGCAGUACAAGGGAGGAUGCAUCGUUUCAUGAUGUUCAUGUUUCGUUGGAUUUUGCACAGGUUUUGGGAGUUUUAGUUAGGAAGACUGGCGUUUCUGUGACUGGCAUUGAAACCACUAGAUUAGAAGGACAUGGCUAUAUGUCUUGGUUAAUGGUCACCUGCCCUCGUAAUAGUAUUUCUAUGGAAUGCAUUUUUAGUGACCCCUGUCUUGAAGUGCACAUUGCUGAGCAGCGAGUUGCAAAGAAAGAAUGUUUCUUUGUAGCUUCUGUUUGCAAUCUCGAAAUAGUGGAUGCUUACUACGGUUCUGCGGCAAAGAUUAGUGGGGAAUGUUCUUUGCUAAGGGAGAAGUAUCUGAUUUUGAAGGGUCAUCUUGAAUGCUUAGAGAGCAAUUCAAAGCAAGCUGAUUCUGUUAAUGGAUUAGGAAAUGACGCAUGUGUGACGCCAACUGAUGAAGCAAAUCAAAUUCCAGUUUUAGUUCUCCCACCAAAUCUUCCAGCUAAGCGUAGGAUUAAUAGCAGUGAGCCAUCUACCAGUGGUGUGGGAGUGCAGAUUCCUGACAAUCUUGUUCUUGGUCUGUCGGAUUUAGAAGCUGUCUAUAAAUGUGCUAGGAUUGAAUAACUGUUUUUAGUAUGCCUAACUAUCUUUUGGAUUAAGGUGAUUGAGGGUAUGUAAGCAACUGUUAAUCCUUUGGUUGGGAUAUAGUAAAUUAAUUAGGCAGCUUUUGUCAAUUAGUAAUAGAUGUAAUAGUUGCUGUCAUGUUGCUAAAAUCCUGUAGUUUAGUCCUUGUGUUGUAAUGAUGUUCCUACCUUGACUGUACUGCUAUUAUGGCUUCAUUUGAAUGAAUAUCGGUUUUCUGUGUUUCUA